UUCCUCGAAUGCUCAUAAUAAGCUUGUUUCUUAACAAACGGUAAAAUGGAACCCGAUUCUGCCAUUGUUGGAGCGAGCGAGGACAAUCCAAAUGCCACCAUAACCAUCAAUGUGAAGUUCAGUGGUGCCUCAAUACCCAUCUCAAUUUCACCCCAUUCAACCAUUAAAGACCUUAAGUCCCUUCUUCUACCUGCCACCAAUGUCCUCCCACGAGGCCAGAAGCUCAUAUUCAAAGGAAAGGUUUUGGAAGACCCCAUCACUUUGACCGCAUCCAACUUGAGUAAUGGGUCCAAGCUCAUGCUUGUGGCUUCCCAGGGUUUAUAUCAAGGGGAUGGUCCCAUCUUGAAGAAAGCUCAGGUUGUUCCCAAAUUGAGGAAUGAUAGCCACUCAGACUGCAGUAAUGACAUGAAAAAAAUUCCUGUUAAGAACAGGUUGGAACGAUGGAAAGUAACAGGAGUUAUAGCAUUGUCUGAAUGCAACUUGGAGGCCAUACCUGAUGAAGUGUGGGUUUGUGGACCUUCUGCAAGAGUUCUAGAUUGCAACAAAAACUCAAUUAAAAAUGUCCCUGUUGAAAUUGCGCGUCUUACCGGUCUAGAGAAACUAUUCAUUAAUACAAAUGGAAUAUUGGAUGAAUCAAUUAGCUGGGAAGGACUGACAACUCUGAAGUACCUAACAGUAUUAUCAUUGAACCAGAACCAUUUAACUACUUUGCCAUCUGCACUGGGAUCUUUAACCUCGUUAAGGGAGCUGCAUGUCUCCAAUAAUAAAUUGGGUGACCUUCCUAAUGAAAUAGGGCAUCUGACACAAUUAGAAGUUUUGCAAGCCAACAAUAAUAGGAUGAGUACCAUCUGCGAAUCUAUAGGGAACUGCCAUUCUCUUGUUGAGGUUGAUUUCUCAUCAAACUUUCUGUCAGAAUUGCCAGAAACAUUUAGCAGUUUGAGCAAUUUGAAGGCUUUGUAUCUUAGUAACAAUGGAAUGAAAUCUCUUCCAUCUAAACUAUUCAAAACUUGCCUUCAACUCUCCACACUGGAUCUCCAUAAUACAGAAAUAACAAUUGAUCUCCUUCGCCAGUUUGAAGGGUGGGACAAUUUUGAUGAACGCCGCCGGUCAAAGCAUCAGAAACAACUGGAUUUCCGAGUUGGAGUUUCUAGAGAUUUUGAUGAAGGUGCUGAUAAAAACUAAAUGAAUGUUAUAUUGAGAUUUUCUAUAAAUGAGUUAUUUUAAUAAAUACUAAGGUUCUUAUGGUGGA